AUGGACUGUAACGCAGUCGAGCUGAGAAGUGGAAGACAUCUAUCAGAUCCUGUCCCCAAGAAGCUCACUGCUCAAGAGAAGGGAAAACAGAAAGAGGGAGAACAACCUCCGCUUGAGGAUGUCCACGACGACGAUCAUGAACCGGAACAGCCAACAGCCGCAGAACCAAUAGCUCCCACGACGCAAGAUCAACCUGUUCCUACUCGCGUCUAUAUUCCAAAAGUUCCCUACUCAGUCCCUGCUAAGAAAUCACGCAAAGAUUGCGAAGAGAUGAAGUGCAAGAAGAUGCUAGAUGAGUUGAAUGUUAUGUUCUCUCUCAUGGAUACUAUUCAGAUGAUUCCUUCAAUGCACAGUCUUGUGAAAGGGCUGAUCUCUGGGAAGACCUCUGCAGAAAGCGACAUCAUGAUGGUCUCAAAAGAAUGCAGCGCAGUCCUUCAAAACAGAACAGUCAGGAAAUUGGAAGAUCCUGGAAAAUUUGUCCUAUCUGUUCAGAUUGGAAAAACAGUCUUCGCUUGUUCUUUAUGCGAUCUGGGUUCCUGUGUGAAUCUCAUGCCCUACUCAGUUGCAAAACCCAUGAGACUAACCAAUUUCAAGCCAACUAGGAUUUCUUUGGUGUUCGCAGACAGAUCAGUCAAGUUGCCAGUAGGUAUUCUCGAAGAUCUGCAAGUUCAAAUUGGUGACACCACUGUUCCGGCAGACUUCGUGGUUCUAGAGCUCGAAGAUGAACCAAAAGACCUUCCAUUCUGGGCCGACCUUUCCUAUGCACAGCUGGUGCAAUCAUUGAUGUCCGCAACGGGAGAACUGAUCUCAAACUGGGAGAUAUUGUGA